AUGUCCUCAAGAAUUGUCUGGCAAAGGAAGAAUUUGGGAAUAGUCACCAUAAACUGGUCAAAAUAUGCCCAACACGAUGGAUAUUACGUCAUGAAUCAGUUUCAGUUUUUCUUGAAAAUAUUAGACCCAAUAAUUGUUGCAUUAGAGGAAAUACAUGAAUGGACCGAUACGUCAGUGGUGGCGGAGGCUAAUGGAAUAUUGAAAGCAAUUCAAGAUCCAGAGUUUUUAUUGGCAGUACAUUGCAUUAACACUUUAUUCUGUCACACUAUAUUAUUAUGCAGAGCCUUGCAAAAAGUUAAUCAAGAUAUGGUUCAAGCAUUGAUCUUAGCAGAAGAUGCAUAUGAUACUAUUUUAGAAAUAAGAAAAAAUGCUGAUUGUGAAUUUAACAAAAUUUUUAACAUGGUUCAAAAAAAAGUGCAUUCAUAUAAUAUGAUAAUAAGCAUGCCAAGAAUUGGAUCGAGGCAAGUACAUAGGAAUAAUAUAUCCACUCAAUCGGUAGAGGAGUAUUACAAAAUUACGAUUUUUAUACCACUUAUGGAUACAUUUUUAACUCAAAUUAAAGAACGCGUAUUGAACCAUAAGCUACUACUCAAUAACUUACAGAUUUUAUUAUCCUCUAAUCCAUCUAUGAGCAUCUCGGAUGAUAUUAUAAAUAAAAUUCGCUAUUUAUAUAAUUUUUAUUUUCAAGAUAUGGUAGGGAGCGAAUUGGAAGUAAUUGCUGAAUUUAAAUAUUGGUAUGCAAACUUGAAAAGAAUGGAUAUUAAGCCUGAUAAUGCACUCAAUAUUUGUAAACACACACUAAUAGACUUUCCGAACAUUACGAAAUUCUUUCAAAUUUUAGCGUGCCUCCCCAUUAUGACAUGUACAAAUGAAAGAACUUUUCCAAAUUUACGACGACUAAAAACAUAUUUGGGAAAUACUACCUCGCAAAAUCGAUUAAAUGGUUUAGCGCUAUUAAAUAUUCAUCGGGAAUUAACACCAGCUAAUUCUGAGAUAAUUAAUGAAUUAUCAAAUUCUAAAAGAAAAUUAGAUCUAACAUUAUAA